GGAACGAGUUAGAUCAGAAAACUUUUGGAACGGGAAGGGUUGUUUACAAGAAUUGUUGAACAGCUGUUGAAAAUUAGAAGUUUUAAAGACCCUGUUACGUCUACGAACCAGUAGAUAUGAUGAAAGAGGACGAGCCAAUCGUUCUUGAUCGGCUGCGAGAGCCAGAAGCAGCUCCAAGACCAUGCUGCUGCUGUUUGGAUGUUCGAAUCGGGACCAUUCUCAUUGGCCUAUUCAAUUUGGUAUUCCAUUCAGCCAGCUUCAUCAUUGCCUCCCAAGUCAUGGCUCAUCCUAAGGUGUACAGAGAUGAAUAUGCGGAGUUUGGUUCUCACAGAAUGGAAGGAGAUAAUUUUGUUGGGAUGAGCCUUGCCUUCUUCUCUUUCCUCAUCACAGUCUUGUUGAUUUAUGGUGCUUUGAUGCGUAAACCUGGCCUCAUCUUGCCAUUCUUUGCCAUUCAAGUGUUUGAUGUUGUUUUGUUCAUACUUGGGGCAGCUGGUGCCAUUACAUACGGACCUGCUCUGAAAAUAAAACUUGAGAAUUGUCCCUCCUUCUUGUACAAAAAUGAAGUCUCCCGCAUGUCAGUUCACUCCUUUAUGUUUGCCUUGGUUUUCACUUGCCUUUUGGUGAUGCUUUUCAAGGUGUAUUUGAUGUCAUGUGUCUGGGAGUGUUACAAUUUUGUCAAGCGCCAAAUUGAGCGUCGUUCUCAAAUAGAUUUUUAUCCAAGUAUGCUUGAUAUGCCUGAACUGCCAAACUACGAAGAGGCAAUGAAGAUGCCAAAAGAGAUGCCACCUCCAUACUCAACCAAUCACAAUUGAGUAUGUGCUGCAUUACGUAACAACUUAAGAUGCUUAAACAAGUAGCAAAAUAUCAUAGCAACUGGUAAAUAACUACUUAAGAUGUAUUUGAUAAACUCUGUAUGUCAUUAUUAUUAUCACUAUUAUUAAUUUGUUGGGUUAGUUUAUUUGGAGACUAGAUAUCAAAUCGAUAUUUGGUGGGAAAUUGGCGAUGGGACUGUAAGCUUUGGUUUGGAAAUGAUUUGCCGAUAUUGUGGAAGGAA